CAAAGCGACUGAUUGUCGGUCCUCAGUCUGUGGCUUGUUCACUAUCGUGGAAGGUGAUGCUAUACUUAUUCUUAGAUUCUCUCGAGUUUCUCAAAUCCCUAAGUUUGUGUGUCCUCGCUCUUCGAGAGGUGAAAGUGAAAAGUACGCGGCUGUAGUGAAAAUGGGCGCACUAACGGAUGACGUGAAACGUGCGGUGUUCGUGAAGCUGAACGAAGUCUUCAGGGAUGACGUGGAAACCCUGGCUCGCGUACUCUAUUACCUGGAUCAAGAGGAUGAUGCUUACAGGCACGCCGAGAGGGUGCCCCCAUUCUGGCGAACCUUGGUUAAUGCGCUAGUGUCGGACGCGUUGUUCGCAACGUACGCUCGCCGGCUCGCCCAAGACACUCGCGGUGAGCAGGAGAACGAGGAUUUCAUGAGAUACAUUCGACGCCUCGGGCAAAUUUACGAUCGACACUUGACAGCCUCAGAAAGAGAGGCUGACAUCAGCGACGUGCAAAGCUUGGAUGUCCGACUACUGGCUGACAUCGAGCUGGGACAAAGGGACGGCGCGGUCGGCUUCGCUCGCACCUGGGCGUUCAUGACUCCGGAGAGCCAAGCAGAGGUGCUCAAAUUCGCCAGGUCAUUAUGUGCGGACACGAGAGUGGCUGUUUGGGGAAACCUAGACGAUGUGGUUGGCGUCCUGAGCAAGGUACGCGGUAAUGUGGUGCUGGUGGCGCUGGCCAUCGCUACCAUCGCCUACGACGUCCAGCGCAAUAUCAGAAGAUGGUGGCAUGGUGAGAUAAGCGGGAAAAGAUGCUGCAAGAAUAUCGUAGACUCCGUGGUAAGUUUGGUCGGUGGUCUGGGCGGCGGGCUGGCCGGGGCGGUCAUUGGUACUUUCGUUGCCGGUCCGGUCGGCGCUCUGGCCGGUGGCGCAGCCGGGGGUAUAGUUGCCGGACGAGUUACUAACAUGCUAUCAGACCGCUUGACCCAGUGGAUCUUCGGGCUCCCGAGAACCGAGGCGUUGGAAAAUGCCUUCAACUUCUUUGGGGUCCCGGCUACCGCGUCCAAUCACGAAAUCAACACGGCCUAUCGGCAACUUUGCCUCAGGCAUCAUCCUGACAGAGGUGGCAAUGCGGAGGAAUUUCAUGUUGUUCAGGUCAAUAUGGCGGUUAUAGCAGCGUCCAGAGACGAGAUUAUUGUGAAGUGAUUAAAACAUACCUCAUACCGAUUAAAAGUCUGGUUACUAUUUUAGAGACUAAUAUUUUGUCCGUUGUUUUUGUAACGCAGCCGAUUCGACAAACUGUUUCAAUAACACCGAAGUCAUGAUGCGAUUAUCAUGUAACUCAACUCAAUAUGGUUGUUACAGCACAUCUGCUUCAAAUGACUACAUUAUUCCGAAAUAAUCGUGUUAUCUACCGUUGGAGAAUAAUUAUUGUCUAUUUCAUGCUUGUAUUUCCCGGACUGGUUGAUAUUUUUUAAUAAAUCUUUAAAUUUGUAGUUCA